AAAGAUAGAGUGAUUCAAAAUACAAAAUUUUUGUAAAAUCGCCAAACUUAAGUGUCACGAAAUAUGCGCACCCCCAAAUCAUGAAAUAAACGUGUCGCAAAAAUUUCAAGUAAUAAGGUAGCCAAACAAAACACUUAGCUAGUAAAAAAGGUUUUGGCUAGUAACAUCUAAGUUAUUACUAGUCACUAGGCUAGUAAGUUGAAAAGAUAGUGUGGAGCCCUGUUCCAAGUUCCUCGAUCAAAAGAGCUUCCAUGGAAGUUGAGGAAGGGUGGUAGGUCACGCUUUGCAGUACACUUGGCAGACAAAUUUCUCUAGGUUUUUAGUUGAGUCGGCAGUUCUCUGUUGGCCAAUUGGUUUUGGAUAAGACCCACUCCAGGCUCUUUGAAACAGUUGAUCACGGGUUGAUCAUCAUCGAAUGCCAUGUAAGCUUUCACCCAGGUCUUCUUAGUGAUGCCAACAAACUUCCCUCCCCAGUCGGCUCAGGUGAGUGGUGUAAUCCAAUCAGACCUUGUCACUUGUGUAUUCCAAUCGCUCAGACUCUCUGAAUAACAUCAAUCUCUCUGUAGUUUAGGCCCUUUCCUGUCAAAAACAUCAGCCUAUUCAGGCUUACAUGAUGUCCCCUGGAAACCAAGUCGAGCAGCAGGACUAGUACGUCAGUGUCUGGCAAGGAUACACAAAUCUUGUGCGGCAAAUGCUCAUUUAGGGAAUGCAACACUUGGUUAGGGAUGAGCGUGUUCUCUUCUUCGUGGGUGUGUUCUCCUUCACAGGCAAGAUGUUUGAUUUUGUUAUCAUAAAACAAAACCAGCUUGAUGGCUGUGUUGCUGGAGAAGUGCGCUAAUAAUUCCAUUGGCGAACAAAGUGACCAGCAUGCUUUUGGACUUUGAUAAUGACAGAAGGUUCUUGGUGGAUCACGGACAUGCUUUCUGUUGAGGUAAACAUUCCCAAUGAGAUAUUAAACAUGGAUGUAUCAGAAAACACUGAACAACAGACAAAUCAAACAAUCGAGGAUGAAGGUACAACCCAAUCAACAAAACCUAUGCUAACUGAGAAAACCAAAGGAAAAAGUGCCAGUCUACCUUCAGCAAAGGCAAGAACUUCUGAAAAUAGAGAAUUUGCAACCAGAAAGGUAUCCCAAAAGAGCACAGACUGCAAUAAACCUGCUGUUAUCACACCAAGAAAGAGCAGUACCACUGGUAAUUCAUCACCAUCAGUUGAAGAGAAAUGUGAAGCUAAAGGGAAAGGCCGUGGAAAAGGAGAAAAGGAAAAAAGGCUUGAAAAAUGUGAAGUCUUCAGCUUGAGCUUAUCGUCAACAGUUGCAAAAUUCACAAGUUCUUAUGAUCUAGUGUCUGUGAAGGAAUCCAGUAACUUCUUGACAAGUUCUACUGAAGUAUCUGAGCUACAGAGUAUGGAAGCACAGGCUAGUAAGGUCUCUACAGUGCCAGUAGCAUCCCUGUCCUAUAGUAGCACAUCUUCUCGCUCUUCACGAACUGCUCUUAUAUUGGCUCGGGGUGGAAAGGACCCAUAUGCAUCCAUUAACCAGCUUCCUGCAAGAGCCUUUAACACUCAUGACUUUAUGACUUUGAAUCCAUGUAAAAUUGUGCUAACAUUGAAAGAUGACAGCUUUGAAAAUGUAGCAGAUGAAGAGAAUCCCCACCACAGGGAGCUUGCACAUGCUGAAGGAGAAUCAAAGCUCACUCCAGACUAUUCAUCAACAACUGAAGAUGCAGUUAAAAUGCUGCUGAAUAAUGAAUCUAAUGACUGUUGCACUUCUCCUGUGGUUGUUACCAUUGAUGUGUCAAUAGAAGAUUAUAUAGAGCAGAGUAAACAAGAUUUUGGUUUGAAUGCAUCUGAUUUUCCACUGGCAAGAAUCAUUUAUAGCAUUGUUGCAGAAAGCAAAGAGUUUGGUACACCUGUGGAAGUGUUACAGGAGAGGAUUCCUGAGAGCCACAAGCAUGAACUGAGUUUAUCACAAUUUUCCCUUGAACAGCAAUUGAGGUUCAUGUGUAAAGCCAAAGUACUUUAUAAAGUUGGUUCAUUUACCUGUUGUCUUGUAACUGCCAGCUUUGUCAAACCCUGGUGUGUGACAUUACUCAAGCCAAAGGAUGAUUCUCAUCCAUUUCAACAAAAUGCACCUGACACUGACAGGAAUGUUUCACUGGCUCGUGAUUCUUUGCCAGUGGUCAUGAGUAACUCAUUAAAACAACAAGAACAAAGUGAGAAAGCACAAAAUGCAUCAGAAAUAGCAGAAAUCUACAAUGAGAAUUCUUCAACCACACAGACAAACCAGACUGGUUCUACCAUCACACAAGUGGCCGAUCAGACUGCCUCUUCACUUCUGUAUGAAGUGGAUAUGAGUCUCCUUGGAAACAUAGUUACAAGUGGAGUAGAAACAACUGGUCAAAAAAGUUGUUCCCCUGAGCCAGCUCAUGACUCACCUGAUAAUGAGGUGAAAACCUCAGAAAGGGGAACGAAGAAAUACAAAGUUAGGAAUUAUGAGCAGUAUUCUGUAAUUUGUCGUCCUUGGGUCACGAUUGAUGGUGAAACUAGUCAGCAGCUGCUGCGAAUGUUCCGAGAGAUGGUUCUUAUGUUGAUUCUAGGCAAUCCUGGGAUUUCACAGAGCCAGGUUUCUAAGCAUUUCUUUGAAGCCUUACGACCAGUGGCAUUACAAGAUAUACUUGAUAGUCUUAUUUUGGAUAGAUGCGUUGUUAAACAUGUUCGUAAACUACCAGUGAAGGUAGCUCUAUUCUCCACAAGUAAACUACAAGGUAAUAAAGUAAUGUGUGUGCAGUGUAUGUGGAAUAAUCACUUCAGAUGUUGUUUUAUAGGUAGAUGGUACAGAUAAGUGAUCGCCACAAUUCAAAUGCACAAAAGUUUAAUUAGUAUGUGCAUCUUAAGCGUGUGUGAGUGAGUGGGUGUGAUUCAACUGAAAUCAAGAUGAUCUAAGAUCGUAAGUCAGGCUGUAGCCAGAUGUGCUGCUACAAGUGUUGAUCAUUUGCAGUGCGCAGCAGUUCUUAAACUAGCAUGUGUGAUAUGUGCAUGCUAAUAGAUGCAUGUCUCAAAGAAAUAUCAUGAAACUGUAAUCACAUACUGAUAUAUAUUUCAUCAUGAAAACAUAGCUUAUUUAAACUGACCAAUAGAUGAAAGUGAAAGCUGUAGUAAUUAUUGAAGUUGAUUCGAGUAGCAUUGUUUACAAGAGCAUUUGUGUUCUCUCACUCUGUUCACUGCUGAAUGCAAAAUUGUCACCGAGUGAGUGCAUGUACUAAGCUCUGAAUGGAUGGUACUUCUAAUUGUACACAUGAACCUGAGGGAUGGCUUCUACCAUAUUGGUCUCUUGCAUGCAAGAGAAUCAAUAUCUUGUAUCUCCUAUUAUCAGUAUGAUAGAUACGGACACCAAUCAAUACGUUCUAUUGUCAGAAUAAGUGAAGAAUACUUUUGUGAGAAGAGUGACACUCAAAAGCCCUGUCUAUAGACAACACAAUACAAUACAAUCCUUUAUUUACCCAUGCAGCAUUUAGGAGGAAUAAAAACUUGUUAAAACAGGUGCGUGCUAAAAAAUGGAAACAAUAAAACUAAACUUAACUACUACAAGCAAUAAAAAUAUUUUGAUAAGAAUAUAUUUAUAUACAUACUAUAUUAAUCUAUAUACAAUCACCAUACAAGUUAGAAAAUGUGCUUAUGUAAAAUAUG